CAGCAGUACCAGCAGUCACAGCGGAAGCAGGAAUCUGCUCCAUCUGAUUCCGAUUCCAAUUCAGACCAACAGAGAAAUCGCCGUAAUAACGACCCCCCUCCUCCCCCAAACAACAAUGGCUUCUCAAAUUCUCAGUUAGCGCUCAUGGCUGCCUCUGCCGUAGCGUAUCUCGCUUAUUCAAAUUCGAGUGCGUCGCACUCGCGCGAGAUUACAUGGCAGGAGUUCCGCACCGCUUUCCUUGAAAAAGGACUUGUUGAAAAGCUCACCGUCGUCAACAACCACAAGGUUCGCGUCAAACUCCAUCCAAAUGCAGCUGCUGGAAGCAUGGGGGGAGGCGAAUACCAUUUCUCCAUUGGCAGUGUCGAGGCCUUUGAGCGCAAGCUUGAGGAGGCUCAGAAUGAGCUUGGCAUCCCAGGUCAUGAGCGAAUUCCCGUCGCAUACCAGGACGAGAUGUCCACCUUUGGCGUAUUCCUCAACUUUGCUCCCACUAUUCUCCUUGUUGGUGUCAUCUACUGGCUCAGUAGAAAGGGAGGCAGCAGCGCAGGCGGUGGGAUAUUCAGCAUCGGCAAGAGCAAGGCUAAACUUUUUAACAAGGACAACGAGGUCAAAAUCAAGUUUAAGGACGUUGCUGGUAUGGACGAGGCAAAAGAGGAGAUUAUGGAGUUUGUCAAGUUUUUGAAGGAGCCCGCCAAGUACGAGAAACUUGGUGCGAAGAUUCCUCGUGGCGCCAUCUUGUCAGGACCUCCAGGAACUGGUAAGACCCUCCUCGCAAAGGCCACAGCAGGAGAGGCUUCCGUUCCCUUCCUCUCGGUGUCUGGUUCCGAGUUUGUGGAAAUGUUUGUCGGCGUCGGGUCAUCCCGUGUCCGCGAUCUUUUCGCCUCCGCCAAGAAGAACGCUCCAUGUAUCAUCUUUGUUGAUGAAAUCGAUGCUAUUGGCAAAUCGAGAGGGAAGGGCGGCAACUUUGGGGGGAAUGAUGAGCGGGAGUCGACGUUGAAUCAGUUGCUUGUUGAGAUGGAUGGGUUUGGCACCGAUGAACACAUUGUUGUUCUUGCGGGUACCAACAGACCUGAUGUCCUUGACCCCGCUCUGAUGCGUCCAGGGCGAUUCGACAGGCACAUAGCCAUCGAUCGACCUGAUGUCUCGGGUCGUAAAGGCAUUUAUCUUGUCCACCUGCGGCCUUUGCGUCUAGAAGACACCUUGAAGAACGAUGUCGACUCACUUGCACAAAAGCUUGCCGUGCUUACUCCAGGCUUCUCGGGUGCUGACAUUGCCAACGUUUGCAACGAAGCAGCCCUCCACGCCGCUCGCAAAGGUUCGGAAUAUGUUCAAUCAAUUGAUUUCGACACAGCCAUCGAACGUGUUAUUGUUGGGCUGGAGAAGAAGAGCAGGGUGUUGAGUGUUGAGGAAAAGAAGACCGUGGCAUAUCACGAAGCUGGACAUGCUAUUUGUGGCUGGUUCUUGGAGCACGCCGAUCCUCUGCUCAAAGUCAGCAUCAUUCCAAGGGGAGCAGGGGCGCUUGGUUAUGCGCAGUACCUACCCCCAGACCGCUAUCUCCUCUCCACCCCUCAAAUGACCGAUCGUAUUUGUAUGACGCUUGGAGGCAGGGUGUCCGAAGAGAUCUUCUUUGGCUUGGAGAACAUCACGACAGGUGCACAGGAUGAUUUGCAAAAAAUCACUCGCAUGGCCUUUGAGGCAUGCGCGAACUAUGGCAUGAAUGAUGUGAUAGGUCCUGUAAGUUAUGGAGGUGACCGGGCAACGAAGGAGAACUGGACGAAACCGUUCAGCGAGAAAACGGCAGAGAUGCUUGAUUUCGAGGUCCGUAAAAUGAUCACAAACGCUUACGAGCGGACACGAACUCUCUUAACGGAGCAUCGAGGAGACGUGGAGAAGGUCGCUCAGCUCUUGCUGGACAAAGAAGUCAUUACGCGCGAGGAUAUGAUCAAUCUACUUGGGAAACGACCUUUCGCCGGCCGCUCUGAUGACAUGGACAAAUGGCUUGACGAGAACCGUGGCGAAAAGAGUGCACCGCCUCCUCUCGAAUCACCACCUCCCGAAGUGGAAGGACCUACACCUGUGCCUGCAGCUAUCGCGAAAACUCUCGACGACACAUUGAAGCUCUAACUUACUUCUAUAGAUAUAGGCCAUGUCAUUGUAUUGUAGUAUCUAAUAUUCAUCAACGCAAUCCACUCAUUCUCUGG